GCGUUCAGCACGGCUGCCGCGGUCAUGACCGAUAACAUCCCCUUGCAGCCGGUCAGGCAGAAGAAGCGGAUGGACAACAAGCACCACGGCGGAUGCUGUGAAUGCCUAAGAUGUUGUGGAAGAAGAGACCCCAGGCCUCGAACCGUCUGGCUUGGCCAUCCAGAAAAAAGGGAUCAGAGAUAUCCACGCAAUGUCGUCAACAACCAGAAGUACAACUUCUUUACUUUUCUACCAGGAGUCCUGUUCAACCAAUUCAAAUAUUUCUUCAAUCUCUACUUUUUAUUUCUUGCCUGUUCUCAAUUUGUUCCUGAAAUGAGGCUUGGUGCACUUUACACGUAUUGGGUUCCACUGGGCUUUGUGCUUGCUGUUACCAUCAUCCGUGAGGCUGUGGAAGAGAUCCGAUGCUACAUGCGUGAUAGGGAAGUGAAUUCUCAGAUUUACAGCAAGCUCACAGCAAGAGGGACAGUGAAGGUGAAAAGUUCUAAUAUUCAAGUCGGGGAUCUUAUCAUUGUGGAAAAGAACCAACGGGUCCCUGCUGACAUGAUUUUCUUGAGGACAUCAGAAAAAAACGGGUCCUGCUUUCUCCGAACGGAUCAGCUGGAUGGUGAAACAGAUUGGAAACUGCGUCUGCCUGUCAGCUGUACUCAGAGGUUACCUACUGCUUCUGACCUUCUUCAGAUCAGGUCAUAUGUGUAUGCAGAGGAGCCAAACAUUGACAUCCAUAACUUUGUUGGGACAUUCACAAGAGAAGACAGUGACCCUCCUGUGAAUGAGAGCUUGAGUAUUGAAAAUACCCUCUGGGCUAGCACAGUAAUUGCUUCAGGAACAGUUGUGGGAGUUGUUCUCUAUACAGGCCAGGAACUACGCAGUGUCAUGAAUACCUCAAACCCACGCAGUAAGAUUGGUCUUUUUGACUUGGAAGUUAACUGUCUAACCAAGAUACUCUUUACGGCCUUGGUGGUGGUCUCCCUUGUCAUGGUCUCCCUCCAACACUUUGCUGGCCGCUGGUACCUUCAGAUCCUCAGAUUUCUUCUUCUGUUCUCAAAUAUCAUUCCUAUCAGUUUACGGGUGAAUCUUGACAUGGGAAAAAUUGUCUACAGCUGGAUGAUCCGGAGGGAUUCUAAAAUUCCUGGCACAGUAGUUCGAUCUAGCACAAUCCCAGAGCAACUAGGCAGAAUAUCCUAUUUGCUUACUGAUAAGACAGGGACUCUAACACAGAACGAGAUGGUUUUCAAACGUGUCCAUCUUGGAACAAUGGCUUAUGGGUUUGACUCUAUAGAUGAAGUUCAAAGCCAUAUCUUUAGCAUAUAUACACAGCAGUCACAGGAACCACCUGCUUUAAAACCACCCAACCUGGCUACCAAAGUACGAAAAACCCUGAGCAGCCGUGUCCAUGAGGCAGUGAAAGCAAUUGCUCUCUGCCACAAUGUGACUCCUGUCUAUGAAUCGAAUGGUGUGACAGAUCAGGCUGAAGCUGAGAAGCAUUAUGAAGAUUCUUGCAGGGUGUACCAAGCUGCUAGUCCUGAUGAGGUGGCCCUGGUGCAAUGGACAGAAAGUGUUGGCUUGACACUGGUUGGAAGGGACCAGGCUUCUGUGCAGCUGAGGACUCCUGGCGGCCACAUUCUAAACUAUACCAUCCUCCAGAUUUUCCCCUUCACCUAUGAAAGUAAACGAAUGGGGAUUAUUGUUCGGGAUGAAUCUACAGGAGAAAUAACAUUCUACAUGAAAGGGGCGGAUGUGGUUAUGGCAGGCAUUGUUCAGUACAAUGACUGGCUAGAGGAAGAGUGUGGUAACAUGGCGAGAGAAGGAUUGAGAGUUCUUGUAGUAGCAAAGAAAUCCCUGUCGGAGGAGCAAUAUCAAGAUUUUGAGGCCCGCUACGUCCAAGCAAAAUUAAGUGUCCACGAUCGUUCCCUGAAGGUAGCCACCGUGAUUGAGAGUCUGGAGAUGGAGAUGGAGCUGCUCUGUCUGACUGGAGUAGAAGAUCAAUUACAGGUGGAUGUCAGACCGACUUUGGAAACUCUGAAAAAUGCUGGCAUUAAGGUAUGGAUGCUCACAGGGGAUAAACUGGAAACAGCCACGUGUACUGCUAAGAAUGCACAUCUGGUAACCAGGUCUCAGGACAUUCAUAUAUUUAGACUGGUAACCAACCGUGGAGAAGCACAUUUGGAGCUAAAUGCCUUCCGCCGCAAGCACGACUGUGCCCUGGUGAUUUCUGGGGAUUCCUUGGAGGUGUGCUUGAAAUACUAUGAGUAUGAGUUCAUGGAACUGGCUUGCCAAUGUCCGGCAGUCAUCUGCUGUAGAUGUGCCCCAACACAAAAAGCUCAGAUUGUACGCUUACUCAAGGAGAGAACUGGGAAGCUGACCUGUGCAGUAGGUGAUGGAGGAAAUGAUGUCAGUAUGAUUCAGGAGGCAGACUGUGGUGUUGGUGUUGAAGGGAAGGAAGGAAAACAAGCUUCUCUUGCAGCAGAUUUCUCCAUCACUCAGUUUAAGCACCUGGGCCGAUUACUGAUGGUGCACGGAAGAAACAGCUACAAAAGAUCUGCUGCUCUCAGCCAGUUUGUGAUCCACAGAAGUUUAUGCAUCAGUACCAUGCAGGCAGUUUUCUCUUCGGUGUUUUACUUUGCUUCUGUUCCGCUCUAUCAAGGCUUUCUCAUCAUUGGAUAUUCUACCCUCUACACCAUGUUUCCAGUAUUCUCUCUAGUGCUGGACAAAGAUGUCAAAGCAGUCGUGGCCAUGUUGUAUCCAGAACUCUACAAAGAUCUCCUGAAGGGAAGGCCAUUAUCUUAUAAGACGUUUUUGAUCUGGGUCUUAAUAAGUAUCUAUCAAGGCAGCAUAAUUAUGUAUGGUGCACUUCUGCUUUUUGAGUCUGAAUUUGUCCACAUUGUGGCAAUUUCCUUCACAUCCUUGAUCCUCACUGAACUGUUGAUGGUGGCACUGACCAUCCAGACAUGGCAUUGGCUCAUGAUAGUGGCAGAGUUACUCAGUCUGUCAUGCUACAUCGCCUCACUGGUCUUCUUACAUGAAUUUAUUGAUGUUUACUUCAUAACAACUUUAUCGUUCUUAUGGAAGGUGACUGUGAUCACCUUAGUCAGCUGUCUUCCUCUCUAUGUCCUAAAGUACCUGAGACGAAGGUUUUCUCCCCCAAGUUAUUCAAAACUCACCUCAUAGGAGCAAGGACUCGCUUUUCUUCUUUGCACAGUACUUACAGACUCAGUAAAUGUGUAUUCGUCAUCGAACGAUGUCCGACGGUUGGAUAAGCAAUCUGCACUGGCUGGGGAAUACUGCUGAAAGACUGAAUAAUUCAGUUAAAACAAAAAAACCCUCACAGUCAAACGAAGCAGAGAAAACUUAUAUCAGUGAUCCAGUUUUGUCACUUUGUAUUUAUCAAACUGAAAACAAAUGCAUGUAACUUGGAAGAAGAAAAAAAACUGCCUGUGAUGGGUCUGCUUACCUGGAAAGUGCUGAGUCAGCUGUUGACAUGACAAAUUUUUCAAAUGUAUUUUCCUUUUUCUAGGGGUUGACUUAUUUAAUUUCCUCAUUUUUAUUGCUACUUAUCUUUUGAGUUCAGGUCCUCACUGUAAACAUUUUCGGUGCCUUGGCAAAUGCUUUCAACUGAGCAACAUAACAGUGUAGUUAACAGGCCACUGUACAUACCUCAUGCUGGGCUGACCUCUUUGAUGUGUUCCAACGCAAAUCCGAGUUACUGAUUUCUAUUGGCUACGAUUUUCUUGAAUUUUCUGCAAAG